AUGGCGCCACCCCACAUCAACGAUGCAGAAGAGUUUGUGAACAUCUGGAUUCCAGGACGAGAUCUGCCCUGCUCUCCUGGAGAACAUCAAGGCGACAAGGACUUCUACAAACAAUGGAUUGAGAGAGCGUCUGCGCCAACCAGCAUCCCCUCGAUCACUGGUGCCGAUGCCUUAAGCCGCUUGUACCCCAACCAUUCUUUGGUCAUGACCCAAGAUUAUGGGAUAAACCUCCUUGGGUUCCCUGCAGCUCAGCUUACGCCUUUGGAGAAGACACCUUUGAUUACCAAUCUGUUCUUCAUUCCCCUGUCUCGCAGUGUAGGCAUCCCAGGCAUCCUCGUUGAUAAUGUCGAGUUCGGCGCCUUCAAGCUUGUUUGGCAACAAUACGAAUACGUCGUCUACACUGUCCAAUAUCCGCAAGGGUUCGGUGUUUAUACUCAAUACUUCGUCCUCCAUGAAGGGCCGCAGGAAGUCUCUCGACUCCUCCUUUCAGCCUCAGGCGCCUGGUCAGACGAAUUGCACGACGAAAUCUGGAUUUUCAACCAGGGCUUUUGGCAGAAAGAUCAUGGUUUGUGGCUCGAAGUACAGAAGGCCGACUGGAAGGACGUUAUUCUCAAAGACGAGUUCAAGAAGGCUCUCCAGAAAGACGUGUACGGGUUCUUUGCUUCUGAAUCAAUCUACAAGGAAUUAGCUAUCCCUUGGAAGCGCGGGUUGCUGAUGUACGGGCCCCCAGGCAACGGCAAGACCAUCAGCUUGAAAACCAUCAUGAAAACUUGCGGCGAGAAAGGAUUUGCGCCGUUGUAUGUAAAAUCAUUCCAGAGUUGGGGUGGAGAAGAAAUGUCAAUGGCGGCUGUCUUCAAUAAAGCACGACAACUUGCUCCCUGUGUCAUUAUCUUGGAAGAUCUGGACAGCCUGAUUAAUGACCAAAACCGGUCUUUCUUCCUCAACCAGUUAGACGGACUGGACGGAAACGAUGGCCUGCUCAUCAUCGGAACUACAAAUCACUUCGACCGACUGGAUCCUGGCCUCAGCGCCCGCCCAAGCAGAUUCGACAGGAAAUACAAAUUCGAUGAUCCAGACGUGUUCGAACGCAAGCUCUACGCCCAAUACUGGCAGAAGAAGUUGGCGUCUAACAAGGAAAUAGACCUAUCUGAUGCCCUGGUUGACGAAGUCGCCAAAAUGACAGAGGGGUUCAGCUUCGCAUAUCUCAAAGAGGCCUUCGUAUCUUCGUUGGUCACUUACGCCGGCCUUGAGGGCGACAAACCUCCGUUUGCAGGCGUUUUGAAAGGUCAAAUCGAGUCUCUCCGGAAAGGCCUUGAGAAAUCCUUCUCUCCAUACGUCAUCUUCCCUCCCCAUAAACCUCAAUUCCAGCCUUCUAAUUUCGUGGAUCAGACCCAACAUCCUCCUCAAUCCACCCAAGGCAAUCGCCGCGAUAUUCGCACUCUUUUAGAUGCGCUCUCAGACGCCGCCCCACCGGUUGAUCCCCGCGCCAGGAUCUACCAGACUCCCAGCCCCUGCGCCGUUCCUCAAGUCCAGCACAAGGAUAUUAGAGCCCUCCUCGACGCUCUGUCGGACUCCCUUGCCUCGUUGGAUAUCCCUGCCGUCCGACUCUAUGACUCCACUCCUCACAGCGCACCCAGUCGCCUCAGCCAGGCUGCUCACGAUGCAGAAAGGGACAUCCGAGCCAUUACCCAGCGCAUCAAUACACAAAUCGAGAGGCGCUACCACCACCAGCAUUCAACCUCUGCAGUCGAAACCCAACGCAACUACGCCGCGGUCCCUGCCCCCGGCAACCUCAUGCCUUCGACGCAGCUCAAUGGGCCUCCCACCACCGAUGUUUCUCCCUUCCACGGUACCCAUCACGUCGGCCCCAACCCCGCGUAA